GUCAGCAGGUUCGCGAUGCAGCGGGCAGCGGUGUUGGUGCGGCGGGGCUCCUGCCCCCGCGCCUCGGGCCCCUGGGGCCGUAGUCACAGCAGCGCUGCAGCCGAAGCCUCGGCGGCGCUCAAGGUGCGACCGGAGCGUAGCCCUCGAGACCGCAUCCUCACCCUGGAGUCCAUGAACCCGCAGGUGAAGGCGGUGGAGUACGCUGUGCGGGGACCCAUCGUGCUCAAGGCCGGCGAGAUCGAGAUGGAAUUGCAGCGGGGUAUCAAAAAACCAUUCACUGAGGUAAUCCGAGCCAACAUUGGGGAUGCCCAUGCUAUGGGCCAGCAGCCAAUCACCUUUCUCCGUCAGGUGAUGGCACUCUGCACCUACCCAAACCUGCUAAACAGCCCCAGCUUCCCAGAAGAUGCUAAGAAACGAGCCCGGCGGAUCCUGCAGGCCUGUGGUGGAAACAGCUUGGGAUCUUACAGUGCUAGCCAGGGCGUUAACUGUAUCCGUGAGGAUGUGGCAGCCUUUAUUACCAGGAGAGAUGGUGUGCCUGCAGACCCAGACAACAUUUACCUGACUACUGGAGCUAGCGACGGUAUUUCUACAAUCCUGAAGCUCCUGGUCUCCGGUGGUGGCAAGUCACGGACAGGUGUGAUGAUUCCCAUCCCACAGUACCCCUUGUACUCUGCGGUCAUCUCUGAGCUCGACGCUGUCCAGGUCAACUACUAUCUGGAUGAGGAGAACUGCUGGGCUUUGAAUGUGGAUGAGCUCCGACGGGCAUUGCGGCAAGCCAAAGACCAUUGUGACCCUAAAGUUCUCUGCAUUAUCAACCCUGGAAACCCCACAGGCCAGGUACAAAGCAGAAAGUGCAUAGAAGAUGUGAUUCACUUUGCCUGGGAAGAGAAGCUUUUUCUCCUGGCUGAUGAGGUAUACCAGGACAACGUGUAUUCUCCGGACUGCAGAUUCCACUCCUUUAAGAAAGUGCUUUACCAGAUGGGGCAUGAGUAUUCCAGCAACGUGGAGCUCGCCUCCUUCCACUCCACCUCCAAGGGCUACAUGGGCGAGUGUGGGUACAGAGGCGGCUACAUGGAGGUGAUCAAUUUGCACCCUGAGAUCAAGGGCCAGCUGGUAAAGCUGCUCUCAGUCCGUCUCUGUCCGCCAGUGUCUGGACAGGCCGCUAUGGACAUUGUUGUGAAUCCACCGGUGCCGGGAGAGGAGUCCUUCGAGCAAUUUAGCAGGGAAAAAGAAUUUGUCCUUGGUAAUCUGGCCAAAAAAGCAAAGCUGACGGAAGAUCUGUUUAACCAAGUCCCAGGGAUUCAGUGCAACCCCUUGCAAGGAGCCAUGUACGCGUUCCCUCGGAUUCUCAUCCCUGCCAAGGCCGUGGAGGCAGCUCAGUCCCAUAAAAUGGCUCCAGACAUGUUUUACUGCAUGAAACUCCUGGAGGAGACUGGCAUCUGUGUCGUGCCUGGCAGUGGCUUUGGGCAGCGAGAAGGCACUUACCACUUCAGAAUGACAAUUCUCCCUCCAGUGGAGAAACUGAAGACAGUGCUGAAUAAGGUGAAAGAUUUUCACCUCAAGUUCCUGGAGAAGUACUCAUGAAGAUGUCUCAGGCGCCGGAGCAAGAGCCCAGGACCACCCAGGCCUUCCUCAUGGACUCUGCCUCAGACCUCAUGCAGGUCACCAACCCUGUUCACCAUCAUUUUCCCAAGGAGACUUCUUUCUUUGUGCCUUGAUGUUUGAGCGUUCUUCUGAGCAAACAGUGAUUUUGCAAUGUCUCGCAGGCCCUCUUUUUUGUUUUGUUUUUCUUUUUCUUUUUUUAAAAAAAUGCAACCAAAGUAGAGUCAACCUGCUCAGCAGAUGUACUUGGGAUUCUCUGAAUCACUGUUCUGUUUGGAAAGUUCCUUUGGGUCUUAAGCAGCCAGGGUACAUUGAAAUGAGAUAUUUCAGAUCUGGAGAAACAAGCCAAGUGUUGGGAAAUACGUGACUUAAUGUGAUAAGGGCUGGAAAUCUAGAAAUCAGUAAUGAGAUCCAAAAAUAAAACCCUUACCAAUGUGAGAAUGUAGCAUUUUAGACAGUAAACCGCAAGUCUAGUGAGGACUCAGAGAAAGCUGGUCAUUCUAGUCUGGAGACAGGCAGUGCAUCCCAGAAACCUGCAAUUCUAGUGAGGACUCAGAGAAAGCUGCUCAUUCUGGUCUGGAGAUAAGCAGACAAGCAUAUGGAAGUCAGUAGUAGGACAGGGUCACAUCAGAUACCAGGUUAGAUUGCACUGGCUACCUAGAACAUUUUUUCCAGGUUUGGCUGAGCCUUUGUGCGUACCAUUGCCCUCUGCUGGUGGCAGCAGAGAUAAGCAAGGGCUGAAAAUGGAGGUGAUCCUUUUACAAGGCCCUGAGGGUGUUUUUAAUUGUUUCAAACUGAAUUUGGUUUGUUUGUAACCAUACCUGGUUACACUGGCUGCCAAGAAGGAGCACCUGCAUUCUGAUUCAGUGUUCUUUUCAAGUCAGUUUCCUGCCUCGCUCCCUGAUCUUUGGACAGCAUCUUAUCAGCCAUCCCUGUGUGUCACAAAGUAGCAGCCACCAAGCAAGUGUAUUCCUUGAAUUAGCACACCUGGGUGGGCCAUGUGCACACCAAGGAAACAGAUGCUGCAGGGAGCGCCAGACCAGGUUUUCCUCCCCAUCUCUUAACUGUCUCCAUUCUCCAGUGAGAGUGAGAGCAAGCCAUGGGGGAGCGCCAGCUCAGGAGCCUGGGUACCCAGUGAGUUAGGGGAGCUUAAAGGGCUAGAGAGAGAAAGCUGUGAGGGCUGUGGAGGAAGGCUGCACCCCAGCCUCCUGCCCUAUGGUUCCACACUGCAGAGAGUGCAGGGGUUUUUUUGUUUUGGUUUUUGGUUUUUUGAGACAGGGUUUCUCUGUGUAGCCCUGGCUGUCCUGGAACUCACUCUGUAGACCAGGCUGGCCUCAAACUCAGAAAUCCGCCUGCCUCUGCCUCCCAAGUGCUGGGAUUAAAAGUGUAUGCUACCACCGCCCGGCGGGAGUGCAGUUUUAAAGAAGAACUUCAAGUUGUUAACACUCACGAGCGUUACAUUACUGUGAAGGAAUAGCCACAUCCAUAACAGAAUGUAAGGCUCUACUUUCCCUUUAAAAGCUGAAAAGGUAGCAUGUGUGCUUGCCAGGCAUAUAAUCCAGAUAUGCUCCGGGGUUCUGAGAGUCCUCCAUGAAAGGUUAACUAGAAGCUAGUAUAUUUUUUAUAUUUUUGUAACAAUUGGCUUUUUUCAUGGGGGGUGGAGGUGGAAGGGUUAGUAUUUAUAGUCCUAACAGGUCCAAUAAUUUUUAUAAGUGUCUUCAGAUUAUAAAUAAUCCUCCAAAUUUUGCAAUGUUUACAUGUUUUUUUAAGAUGAAAAAUAUGCUUGAUUUGCUUUUUAAAUAAAAGUUUAGCUGUUCUAAGAGAUUAACUUCAAGUAGGAAUGCUGGUUAUGGUAGUUUGGGUUUUCUACAGAUUCUGUUCCCAUGCUUUUUCUGUUCCGGCGUCACUCCGGCAGCGUGUGGGUGGGGCUGUGGAAGCCUGGCCAGGCUGGACCUGGACAGACACACCUCAGAGACAUUGUUUCCAUUUGGAAGUGAGCGGGCACCGGCCUGUGCGCUCUUUGCUACUUACAUUAUGAGUUCUUCCGGCCUCCUUAGCGUGGGUCCUUGUGAUAGCCGUGCUGGGAAGCUCUGAACAAUAAAAGAUGCCAAGUGGUGACUGAGCAGCUUGGUCAAUACAAACUAAACAUUGGUGGGGCUGAGUAUGGUGUCGUACACUUUAAUCCCAGCACUGAGGAGGCAGACCGGUGUCUGCCCGUUUGAGUCCUGUAAAUUUACAUAGUAAGUCCCUGUCACAACAAAAUUGAAAAUAACAACAGAAGCAAUAAAUGGUUAAGUGGA